GUCACGUGACCGGGAAAGGAUGACGUACUUCCCGUCGUUGGCCCAGGCCUGUGUACGUUACUGGAGAUCUGGCGCAGCCCUGUAGAUUCGAUCAUCCAGAUUCGUUUCGCUCCAGUUAGCGACAGCGAUCUCUCCCUGGGCUGGCAGCGAUAUAUUUGCGUUACCUAUCGCUCUGUUUCGGUUCCGUGACGUGCUAAUAACGCGUCCGACGUUAGAGCGCCUAGUCACGUGAUAAUAAGCUCCUGUAGAUUGUGAUGGACUCCUUGUCAGCAGAGGAACAGAGAAGCCUGGCCAGCCCCAUGAAUGACAACCAGCAGGAGGCUCUCCCCUCACAGGAAGAUGGACUUGACCAGUUGGCCAUUAAAGAAGAGGAGGAUGAAGAGACCAUGUCUGGGGGAGGAGAGACCUGCUCUUCUGUUGGAGGAGGGAGGGAUCAGGAAGUGACUGUAGAGAUCGGGGAGACCUACCUGUGCCGAAGAGCUGAUAACACUUGGAAUUCAGCAGAGGUGAUCCAGUCACGCCUGAACGAGCAGGAGGGUCGGGAGGAGUACUAUGUACAUUAUGUGGGAUGUAACCGGCGGCUGGACGAAUGGGUGGACAAGAACAGACUGGCCCUGACCAAGAACGUGAAAGACGCUGUUCAGAAGAACACAGACCAGUACCUAAAUGAACUGACCGAGCAGCCGGAGAGAAAGAUCACCCGAAAUCAGAAGAGGAAACACGAUGAGAUCAACCAUGUGCAGAAGACAUACGCAGAAAUGGAUCCCACCACCGCUGCCCUGGAGAAGGAGCAUGAAGCAAUAACAAAAAUCAAAUACGUGGACAAGAUUCACAUUGGCAAUUUUGAGAUCGACGCCUGGUACUUCUCUCCGUUUCCGGAGGAUUAUGGGAAGCAGCCGAAGCUGUGGGUGUGUGAAUAUUGCCUGAAAUACAUGAAGUUUGAGAAGAGCUAUCAAUACCACUUGGGUCUCUGUCAGUGGCGACAACCCCCAGGGAAGGAGAUUUACCGGAAAGGCAAUAUCUCUGUGUAUGAAGUGGAUGGAAGAGACCACAAGAUCUAUUGUCAGAACCUCUGUCUCCUCGCCAAGCUCUUUCUUGACCACAAAACAUUGUACUUCGACGUGGAACCCUUUGUGUUUUACAUUCUGACAGAAGUGGACCGACAAGGGGCUCAUAUCGUGGGAUACUUUUCCAAGGAGAAGGAGUCACCGGAUGGAAACAACGUGGCUUGUAUAUUAACCCUCCCUCCAUACCAGAGGCGUGGCUAUGGGAAGUUCCUCAUUGCUUUCAGUUAUGAACUCUCCAAGCUGGAGAACACCGUGGGGUCGCCUGAGAAGCCUCUGUCUGACCUGGGCAAGCUCAGCUAUCGCAGUUACUGGUCUUGGGUCCUGCUGGAGAUCAUGAGAGAUUUCCGUGGGACGCUCUCCAUCAAGGAUCUCAGUCAGAUGACCAGCAUUACGCAGAAUGACAUCAUCGGCACGUUACAGUCGCUGAACAUGGUGAAAUACUGGAAGGGGCAGCACGUUAUCUGCGUCACACCCAAACUGGUGGAGGAGCAUCUGAAAAGUGCCCAGUAUAAGAAGCCACCAAUCACAGUGGAUUCUCCGAACCUGAAAUGGGCCCCCCCAAAGCACAAGCUGAUGAAGGUCACCAAGAAGUGACAGCAAGACAGACAGACUCAGAACUGACCACAUGAGACAGACAGACUGAGAACUGACCACAUGAUGUUCCACCCGUCAGCUUUAUGUUGUACCUGGAAUUGCAUUAAAGCUGUUUGGCUCAUGUUAGCAAGGCUGUGCCGGAUCUGUCGGCUGUAGAAAUCGCUGGUAACCCCCUCCCCCAAGCAUUGCCGGAGAGAGACCCGCCCUCGGAUCUGCUGUGGUGCAAGAGACUCUUGUGUUGCACGUAUUUUGUGCCAACUAUAAACUUCUGUUCAUCUCUACUCCUAAUCGCAGUGAAAUUGACGGGAAGAAAAAACCUCACUGUUGGACAUAUAAACAUUUAUUGUAGUUUACAAAUCUUAGAAAUAAAAUAUUUUUUAUCUAA